AUGUCGCUGAGCGCUCGGCAACUUCGUGCGAUUGAAAUUACUGAGCGAACCUGCUCAAUUAUCUCCUUGCUGAGCUCAUCGUUUGUCAUCAUCACCUUCAUCUCGAGUCGCCGCUUCCGUAAACCAAUUAACCGACUCAUCUUUUACGCCUCGUGGGGGAAUUGUUUCGCAAAUGUGGCAACUGUGAUAUCAGUAACUGGGGUCUCGCAUGGUGUAGAUGGCCCACUUUGCCAGUUUCAGGGGUUUUUGCUGCAAUGGUUCAUACUAGCAGAUGCGAUUUGGGCCUUUUGCAUGGCCUUCAAUGUCUACCUGACCCUAUUUCGCAAAUACGAUGUUACUGAGCUGAGAAAGCUUGAGUGGAAGUAUUGUAUUGCGUCCUAUGGAGUCCCCUUCAUUCCCUCCUUCGUGUACUUAUUCAUUAAGACCAAGGCCAGAGGAAAGAUUUAUGGUUCAGCGAUUCAAUGGUGCUGGGUUCGCACCGAAUGGGGAUUCCUACGUAUAGCCAUGGUGUUCGCCCCUGCGUGGGCCUUGAUCGUACUCUCUGCGACAAUUUAUAUCUUUGCCGGCCGAAAAAUCCUCCACAGCCGACGACGGCUGAAGAGCCUUGCUAAAUCGUCUUCUAUGGCUCAGAACGAAAUUGGCUUUCCGAGGGCGACAGACCUCGAGAUCGCGGACGAAGGUCAUCUCGCUGUAGAAAAUGGCGCAAGCAGUUCCAACCCUCAUGGCGACCCGGGACUAGAGAUGACUUCAAACCACAGGCCCGAAUACCCAUCUGACCCUGUCCAUACCGGCAGUGAAACUGUCAUGUCAUCUAGCAAUCGGCCAUUAGGAGACACUCAGAGUAGAGCGAACCCAGCUGCUAAGGAUCGCAGAGCAAGUUUCGACGCAAACAGAAUUAUCUGGACAUAUUCCAAAUUUUCAAUACUGUUUCUUCUUGCACUAUGUGUUACUUGGAUUCCCCCAACGUCAAACCGAAUAUAUAACUUCGUCAACUCAGCUCCAAAUUUCACCUUGUCCUACCUGUCCGCAUUGGUCGUCCCUCUGCAAGGCUUCUGGAACGGUAUCAUCUACGUUGCCACCUCAUACCCAGCUGUCGAAUCAAUAUUCGAUAUCCCACUACUACGCAGGAAACGGGCUACCUCUACUGUGUUUCGGUCUCAUUCUAGGAACAACGGACACCCUCGCAGCAUACCGUGA